GUCAUCGAGGCAAAAACGUUAUCGAACGCACCGAAGUUUUCAUCCGGGUGUUUAAUUUUUUUUCCCGCCUUCAACAUUCUGUGACGUAUUGUAUUCAGAUCUACGUCUGAUCCUGAAUUUUAAAAGAAGAUUGCUUUUGGUAUUAGUUGCUUCACACAAGUUUUCUUGGCCUAUAAGUAUUACACGGCUUGUAGAAUUUUGAACAGCAAGUGUGAACAGCAUGGCAUCGAAAUUCCCUGUAUUACCUGGCAUGCAGCUACUGGAUUUCUCCAAUCUGGACAAACAAAAUGACAGCAUUAAUGAAUUCUUCACUAAAGCACAGCUUUCGAACAUGUCUGAAUAUGAGAAACUGCGAUUUAGGAACAUGAGAAAAAAUUAUGAAAUGAUGGCAUCUCUAGGAUUACCUGCCAUCAAACCAGACUUUAUGAAAAGUCGUCGAGGACAAACAAAAAGGAAAAGGAAGGACAUGUCUGAUGAUAGUGAUGAUGAGUGGACUCCUACGUCUGAAAGGAGGAAGAGCCAAAGAGAUAAGAGACCAGUACCUCAGUUCUGUUUUCCCAUCAAACAAGAAGCUGAUGUGCCUAAGAAAACAACAAAACAGAAGAAAGUAGAAACAAUAACAAAGCCUGAACCAAAAAAGCAUGCAUCUAAAAAGAAUACAGCAAGCACGGAGCCUAAACACACAUACCCUUUGAGACCUGCUUCCUCAGCUGUUAGUUACAUGAAGAUCGAGGUCCCCGAUGAUGAUGAAUUUCUUUAUUGUGAAGAAUGUAACAAGGAAUAUGAAGGAGAUUGCCCUGUACAUGGACCACUGGAUAUUGUUCAGGACACUGAGAUUGUGGACAUAAAACCAAAGGGAAAAGAUCGAUCCCUUUAUACUUUGCCACCUGGCCUUGUGUGCAGGGAAUCAUCUAUACCAAAUGCUGGUCUGGGUGUUUGGUCCGAUCAUGAGAUUCUACCGAGGACAAGAUUUGGUCCUUACAAAGGGAAGAAAACUCGGGAUUUGGAUAAAGCACAUUCUACUGGAUAUGCAUGGCAGGUAAAUGAUAACAGUGGCUGA